AAUUUUCUGAAGCUCUGCAAAGUCAAGUACUACAACUAUUGUCUUGUUCAUAAUGUACAGAGGGAUUUUAUUAUACAAACCGGUGACCCUAUGGGAACUGGCCGUGGAGGGGAAUCCAUAUUUUGUCAACUGUACGGUGAUCAAGCUAGAUUUUUUGAGGCAGAAAAAGUGCCGAGAAUUAAGCACAAGAAGAAGGGAACUGUGUCAAUGGUGAACAAUGGCAGCGAUCAGCAUGGCUCACAGUUUCUUAUUACUACAGGGGAAAACCUGGAUUACCUUGAUGGUGUGCAUACAGUAUUUGGAGAAGUAACAGAAGGCAUGGAUGUAUUGAAGACAAUUAAUGAAACCUUUGUAGAUAAGGAUUUUAUCCCAUAUCAAGAUAUUAGGAUAAAUCAUACAGUAAUUUUAGAUGAUCCAUUUGAAGAUCCACCUGGCUUGUCUGUUCCUGAUCGCUCACCAGAACCUACCAAGGAACAGCUAGAUAGUGGUAGAAUAGGAGCAGAUGAAGAAAUUGAUGACUUGAAAGGACGGUCUGCAGAUGAAAUAGAAGAAGUUCAGGCAGAAAAAGAAGCAAAAACUCGUGCCAUUCUUCUGGAAAUGGUGGGAGACUUACCAGAUGCAGAGGUCAAGCCACCGGAAAAUGUGCUGUUUGUUUGUAAACUGAAUCCAGUGACCACAGAUGAAGACCUAGAGAUAAUAUUUUCACGAUUUGGUCCCAUUAAAAGCUGUGAAGUGAUUCGAGACUGGAAGACUGGUGAAUCUCUGUGUUACGCUUUUGUUGAGUUUGAAAAGGAGGAAGACUGUGAGAAAGCCUACUUCAAGAUGGACAAUGUGCUGAUAGAUGACAGACGGAUACAUGUGGAUUUCAGCCAGUCAGUUGCAAAGAUUAAGUGGAAGGGGAAAGGUGGGCGGUAUACCAGGGAUGAUUUCAAAGAGUAUGAAAAGGAACGUGACAAACCUUCAAAAUUUGCUCUGAAAGAGAAGGUAAAACCAAAGCAGGAUGCCAAGUAUGACCUUCUGCUGGAUGAGGAUAUAGUAGAGUCUCAACCAAGUCGGUCACACUCAGCUAAAAAACAAAAGAAGAAAAAGCACCACCACUCUGAAGAUGAAGAGGAUGACAAGAGGAGCAAAAAGUCUAAGGAUUCGGACCGAAAACAUGAAGGAGAACGCGGUAGAGAGAAGAUGAGGAGUGAGAAGAAAGACAGGCAUCGGAGUCGCAGCCGAUCUCAGGAGAGAGACUACCCCUACAGCAAGCAAAGAGACAGAUACAAUGAAGACUCCCGAGUAAGAGACUGGGAUAAAAAAGCAGACAGAAGCAGAAGUCCUAAGAAAUCAAAAGACAAAGAGAGGUCCAAGUACAGAUGAAGGAUGAGAAAAAGAGAGAGGGGAGCUAAAACGUGUUUUAUUCCAGCAUUUCCAACGUUUGCUGAAAUGGAUGUGCACUUACUGGGUAAAAGCAGUUGCCUUCUGUUGGCAGGUUGGCCUUGUAGCUCCAUGAACGCCCAGCAUACCGCUGUCGCAGUGCCUCGAUCCAAACGGGUUCUUUCAAUAAAGUAUUUCACGUUGGUGAGCUG